UCAUAUAAUUAUAUAACUGUUAAUUAGUUUCAAAUACAAUGCUCGUAUCAGUAGUCCUAACCCUUACCUGUGCUUUCAGCACACUUAUGGCAAUAGAUGUGCCGACAGUUACGCUAAAUAAUGGCGUAAAGAUGCCGAUCGUUGGCUAUGGCGCCGGACAUGUGACUGAACAGUCGGUUAGGGACGCACUUAUCGCCGGCUACCGUCACAUCGAUACUUCAUUAAACUAUGGACAGUCUGAGCAUAUCAUUGGAAAAGUGCUCAAAGAGUACGAAAAUAAAAUCAAAAGAGAGGACCUGUUUAUCACAAGUAAAUUGGAGAACGACUAUCACUCGCGCAGUAAAGUACACAAAGGCAUCAAAGAAUCGUUGGCUAAUUUAGGCGUUAAAUAUCUGGAUCUCUAUCUCAUACACUAUCCGCACGAGAAUUGGGUCGAGACGUGGGAGGGUAUGAUUGAAGUUUUGAAGCAGAACCUCACCCGAGCCAUAGGUGUAUCCAAUUUUGAUGAACAUCAGCUCAACCAAGUGAUGGCUAAAGGUGUUGUACCGGUCGUCAACCAAAUCAUAUGCAAUCCGUACCAAAAUCAGCACACAAUGUUGGACUUCGCCAAAAAACAUAAGAUAGCUAUAACUGCGUGGUCACCAUUGGGUGGACCUACUUAUCCGGGUCUACUCAAAGACAAAAAGAUGGUCGAAAUUGCUGCCAAACAUAAUGUGUCCACCGCUCAAGUGGCUCUUCGGUUUGAGAUCCAGAGGAAUGUUAUCGUUAUUCCCAACUCAAAGACUGAUAAGUAUAUUAAGGAAAAUAUCAAUGUUUUUGGUUUUAAAUUGACUGACGAAGAAAUGAAGUCAAUUGAAAAACUUAACAAAAAAUAA